ACACCUAGCGAUGUUCACGUUAUUUCCGAACGACGCAAUUAUUUCGUACGUCUCUCGGACGAGGGCUACAGUUUCCUGUUUCUUUCAGUCCGCGAUACACAUCCGAAAUGGCAGACGCACCUGCUGAAGCAAAAGCUAAAACGAAAGCAACGAAGAAGCCGAAGGAGAAGCCAACGACUCCAGUUCCUCUGAAGAAGAGGCCGUUCAAAAGGCACGGACGUCUCUAUGCCAAGGCAAUUUUCACUGGUUAUAAACGUGGUCUGCGUAAUCAACAUGAACAUACAGCACUCCUCAAAGUAGAAGGCGCGAGGGCCAAAGGAGAUUCCGAUUUUUACGUAGGAAAACGAUGUGUCUAUGUAUAUAAGUCAAAGAAUAAGACUCCUGUUCCUGGUAAGAAGGGCAGGAAAACAAAAGUUAGGGCAAUUUGGGGCAAAGUGACGAGGCCACAUGGAACCAGUGGUUCAGUACGUGCUAAAUUUAAGAGGAACCUGCCAGCUAAAGCUAUGGGUCACCGUAUCAGGAUUAUGUUAUAUCCUAGCCGGGUAUAAAAAUUCUUUAUUGUAUAAAAUAAACAAAUAAAUAGCACUUUGGUACUAAAA